UUCAAGAACUGCUUUCGCAACGAGUUAGACGUAUUCCCGGUAGGACUGCAGACCAUGGAGUUGAUAGGUCUCUGGGGUGACCAGAGGAAAGUGAUCCGAUUCGCUGCCAUAGCGUUUUGGAUGACCUUCAUGAUCAUCAUUCCGAAGAGCUGCCUGGAGUACGAUGGAGAGGGGUUCGAUUCGUUCGCCCGUGGAACCGCUGAGUUGAUAUACUUCACAGAUUUUGUGCUAUCCAUGGUUUUCUUUGCGUUCCGUCGCAAAUCUUAUGUCCGUAUGAUUACCAUUUUGCAGGACUCAUUCCAACAAUGUGCCGGCGCGAACCAACCUGCUUCUUGUCGGGCGGCGAUCACCAACUUCAACCGAAGAAUUUUCCGAUUUUCUCGUGUCUACGCCUGUUUCAUCGGUAGCUGUCUGAUAUUCUACGUUCCACUCCCGAUGACGGCAACCUUCGUCAACUAUUUCUCUGCUGGGAACGGAACGGAACUCGUUGAGUUUGUGCUCCCCUUGGAGAACAAGUUCUACGGGUUGGACAUCCGACGAAACUUGGCACACUAUCUCAUCUACAUGAUCCUGCUGGUGCCGGCGGUUAGUGGAUCGGCUUGUCUGAGUACCGUCAAGGGAACCGUUCUGUUUACGAUAAUCCGCUACGGUGCUACCCUUUUCGAGUUGGUUUCGUUGAAAAUCGAUGCUCUAGGAAGAUCGGUGAACUUUGGUGGAGAGCUUAGUGGCGAGAAAGGAACCGAACAAAGACGAGUUCAGCUCAAGGAGAUUGUUGAGCUUCAUAAGACUGCACUGGAGUUUGCUAAUUUGCUGGAAAGUACUAUGCAGCAUAUUCUACUGUCGCAGUUUGUCAACUGUAUGCUGAUUUCAUGCUUGAUGAUGUUCUAUAUUUCGAGUACCUAUGGGCCCAAUGUGGUCAACAUGAUAAUUUUGUUUGCAGUUUUGCUGGUAGAAGUGUUCGCCUAUUGUUACAAUGGAAACGAACUGAGUGAGAAAGCAGCAAAUGUGGCGGGGUCCAUUUACAACUAUCCUUGGUACCUCGAACCGGCCUCGAUGCAGAAACAGAUCCAGUUGAUGAUUGCGCGUUCACAGAAAAAGACGGGGAUAACUGCUGCCAAGUUCUACUUCGUUGACAUCGAGCGCUUCGGACUGGUCAUGCAGGCAUCGUACUCGUACUACUUGAUACUGAAAGAGCGAUUCAAUGUUUAAUGGUUGAGAUUCGAUGUUGUUGAAAGUAGUGUUCGAUGUUAUCAAUACACUGGGUUUUAUCAGCAUUUCUUCAUCCGACCAAAAAAUCACCCUUCAAUGUAGAUUCGCAAAAGUGUACCAACUUAAAAUGAAAAGGUACGAA